UUGAAAAUGCUAGCCCAGUUACUUAUACUUCUCUUGAUCGGAUGGAAUGGAUUAGAAGCAGCACCCCAAGGGAAAUCGCCAAGAUUCCUUGCGGAUCAAGGGCCAGAUUAUUUACCUGUUCCCCUUCCAACGACUUCACCUCGGCCUAAACAAACAUCAACAACUCCUUUAUAUCAACCGACUGAAGAAAAAGAUGUUCAACCAACAGAUAACAAUGCAUCUUCGCAAGAUUUACCCAAACAGGGAGGACCUAAUACAUUAAAUGUUCCAUUACCCACAACUCCAAGAACAAUUCAAAGAGAUGACACUUCAGCUGGAUUACCUCCAUAUUAUAUUAGCUGUGGCUGUGGCUCAAGUGAUGAUUACCAUUAUGUUAAUCAUGAAGUUCCCCGUGUGCUUAGAAUCCAUGAAAAGAUCCUUAGACUAAUCAGCCCAUGGUUACCUUUUUAAAGUGUUCAAAAUAUCAAUUAAAUGCAAAGAUAACUCUUAUAUUAAUAAAACUUUUAGCCCAAA